AUCCUCAUCAAUCAAACGAGUAAAGCAUUUGCUAAUAUUAAACACACGUUCCCUUUUCUUACAAGAAAACACUCGAUCAAUCAUGGCUGUUGAUUCACCUCUUCAAUCUCGGACGACCUCUGAGAAAGACGUGAAGGCUCUCAGUUUCAUUGAGGAGAUGACACGGAACCCUGACUCGGUUCAGGAGAAGGUUCUUGGAGAAAUACUCAGCCGUAACUCAGGUACCGAAUAUCUGAAACGUUUCGGUCUUAAUGGCUCCACUGAUCGAAAAACAUUCAAGACCAAGGUUCCCGUGGUGACUUACGAGGAUUUAAAGCCGGAGAUUCAACGUAUUUCCAACGGUGACCGUUCUCCGAUCUUGUCUUCUCACCCCAUCACCGAGUUUCUCACAAGCUCUGGGACAUCUGCUGGUGAAAGAAAAUUAAUGCCGACAAUUGACGAAGACUUAGACCGGCGUCAGCUUUUGUACAGUCUUCUCAUGCCCGUGAUGAAUCUCUACGUGCCGGGAUUAGACAAAGGCAAAGGCUUAUACUUCCUGUUUGUGAAGUCGGAGUCCAAGACGCCGGGUGGGUUACCGGCUCGUCCGGUUCUCACCAGUUACUACAAAAGCGACCACUUCAAGAGACGCCCGUACGAUCCCUACAACGUCUACACAAGCCCCAACGAAGCCAUCCUCUGCUCCGACUCCUCCCAAAGCAUGUACGCUCAAAUGCUAUGCGGCCUGCUCAUGCGCCACGACGUCCUCCGUCUCGGAGCAGUCUUUGCCUCCGGUCUCCUCCGCGCCAUAAGCUUCCUCCAGAACAACUGGAAGGAGCUGGCUCGUGACAUCUCAACCGGAACACUAAGUUCAAGAAUCUCCGACCAUGCGAUUAAAAACCGCAUGUCGAAGAUUUUGACCAAACCGGAUCAGGAACUCGCUGAGUUCUUGGUAGAGGUUUGCUCGCAGGAUAACUGGGAAGGGAUCGUCACUAAGAUAUGGCCCAACACGAAGUACCUCGACGUGAUCGUUACCGGAGCCAUGGCUCAGUAUAUCCCAACCCUAGAGUACUAUAGCGGCGGGUUACCUAUGGCUUGCACGAUGUACGCUUCCUCAGAAAGUUACUUCGGGAUUAACCUAAAACCGAUGUGUAAACCCUCGGAGGUUUCUUACACGAUCAUGCCCAACAUGGCCUACUUCGAGUUUCUCCCCCAUGACGGAGCAGCGGGAGAUGAGACCGAGCUCGUGGAGCUGGCCGAUGUUGAAGUAGGGAAAGAGUACGAGCUCGUGAUCACGACCUACGCGGGGCUCUGCCGUUACAAAGUCGGCGACGUGCUCCGCGUCACGGGGUUCCACAACUCGGCUCCGCAGUUCAAGUUCAUAAGGAGGAAGAACGUUUUGCUGAGCAUCGAGUCCGAUAAAACUGACGAGGCCGAGCUGCAGAAGGCCGUGGAGAAUGCGUCUAAGUUGUUUGCGGCGCAAGGAACGCGUGUGAUCGAGUACACUAGCUACGCGGACACGAAGACCAUACCGGGCCACUACGUGAUCUACUGGGAGCUAACCAACGCGGUUCCUGGCGAUGACGUCAUGGCUAAGUGCUGUUUGGAGAUGGAGGAGUCUCUCAACUCGGUUUAUAGGCAGAGCCGUGUCGCGGAUAAGUCGAUUGGUCCGUUGGAGAUACGUGUGGUGCAGAGCGGUACGUUUGAGGAGCUCAUGGACUAUGCAAUCUCGAGAGGGGCUUCGAUUAAUCAGUAUAAAGUCCCGAGGUGCGUGAGCUUCACGCCGAUCAUGGAGCUGCUUGACUCUAGGGUUGUGUCUGCUCAUUUCAGCCCUUCGUUGCCGCAUUGGUCGCCAGAACGACGUCGUUAGAUGAGGCUUACGAAACUCUUUGUGCACAUUGCGGUGCGAUCCUAGCAGAAAGAUAUGUUUGCGACUCUUAAGACUAUUGUCCUAGUUUUCUUAUUAUGUUGUUAACUUUUGGGGUUUGUGAAUCGAAUCGUACAAUAAAAUUUGAAUUACGUA